AUGCCUAAAUCUAACGUAACCGCGGAUGAGGUAUGUUAUGAUCUCGUCUGUGACGUAACACAGUAAAUCAGUUUUUAUCAAGGAAGCAUGUUUAAGGUGCUAUUUUUUCAAAAAUGCUAAAAUUUCAUCACUUUAUGUUAUGCGAACGAUUAAUUUGUUGUUUCGAAGACAGAGGAAUAUAGCUUAGCUGUUGAAAUAUUAACAAAUUGUCAUCGUUGAAUCAUAUCUUUUAAACAAGUUAAAUGUAUGAAAUGGUUACAAUACAGGACAUUAGCAUACAGCUUAUGAAACCAGCUAAAGAUUUAGCUGACUGGAAAUUUCCAUUAUCUCAAGUAUAUUGUCACAAUUAAAUAUUAAAUUUAUUACAAUCAAAUAUGAACUUCAUAUCAUUGUAUUGUUUUAGAUUUUAGAAGAAUAUUAUGCUCUGUUGGAAGAGCCGCGUAACAUCAAUUUUGGAGAAGCGGCGCUUGUUCUUCAAAAUUCAACUAAUGUAUAUGUACGAAGGAUAGAUCGUCUACUUAACGAAACAGAAGUUUUGAAACAAACAUUUUUUUGCUAUGAGGAAGAAGAAAUAAAGAAGUCUAUAUGCAAACAAAAAAAGAUUUUCAGGAAAAGUUACAUUGAUUUGGAAAGUUUUGUAAUGAUUGACUUAGAGAAAGAUAUUGGAAAGCAUAUUGACAAAAAACAUCAAUUUCAAACACAGAAAAAAGUUAAAUUAUUAAGUCGUCGAUUUACGCAAUUGGAAAAUGGUCUAGCCCAAUUAUGCAAUCCUAUUCAAGUAUAUGAUAUUCUAGGAGAAAUCAUAGGAAAGAAAUAUGAUUUUCGGUGCAAUCAAGCCAUAAAUACGAGUGGGAUGUUGGUAGAUGAAUUAAUACCAUAUGAUUUUACUCGUACACUUAACUCGUCUGUUCAAGAAGGAAGAAACUCGUUAUCAUCAUAUUCAGAACCAAAAACCUCAGGUACAGGGACUUCAGGAUAUAAUUCUAUUACUUCACCGAAUGAUAAUGAGUCUAUUGCGCUUAUUCAUGAAUUUGAAGAUGAACAAAAUUUUUCAACAAUAGAAAAUGAUUCAUCAGCAAAUGAAUUACAUAGUGUAGAGGAAGAAAAUAUGAUAAAUAAUAAUCAUGAAGAUAUAUUUAUUAAUAACAGCACUUUUAAACAAGCUGAAAGAAAUGAAUUAGAGAAAGAAUGUACUCAGCAAAAUAAGAUGCAAAAUGUUAAUGAUCAAAAUUGCUCAAUUCAGAAUUUCAGAGACAUGAAUGAAAUCAAAAACGGAUGUCAAAAUGGAAAUUCACUGCAUGUAAACCAAAUAAAAGAGAAUAAUAACGAUAAAACUUUAGUACAACUUAGAGUAAGCAAUAAAUUAAAAGAUAAUAAGCAAAUAGAUUGCAUUUCUGAAGAGAAUUGUUUUCAAUUAAAUGAAUCUUGUAAUAUAAAGUGGAAAAAAGGAUUACCUAGCAUGCGGAAAAGAGGGAAUCAAACAACGAGAGUAUCAAUAUGUUCUGUAGAUGACAUAAAUGAAUAUGAGUGGAAACCAAUGCCAUUUGUUCAAGGAACAAAGCAUGUUUUUUCAAAUAAUUCAUCUAUUUUAAAACUACCAGACUAUAUUUCGUUUUUGGAAACAAAAUUUGAUUCUAAAAAACGUAAAUUUACAUCGAAAUUAUGUAAACCAAAAUGUUUAGCGAAAUUCGUUUUACAUGAAACUGAAUUAUUUGCAAAGAAAGACAUUUCUUUACACACAAAACAGAAGUUCAGACAUUUGCAAAAAGAUGAAAUAGAAGAUUUCAUGAAAAAUUUUGAUGAAUGUUUAAAUGGUAUAGAAAAAGAAAAUGAUAAUUCUCAAUAUGAAGCUGUGACAAAUAUUGCUUUAGAUUUAUUAGGUUUUCGUAUAUGUCAAAAUCAAAAUGAUUCAAUUGAAGAUAGUAUUGAGACAAGUUCUAUAAGAAGUUCUUCACCUAUUGUUCCAUUACAAUCAACUAAUUGUCAAAAUUCACUUAAUAUGUUUGUGACGUCCCCUAACUCAUGUCACAAUUGGUGUGAGUCUUCAACUUCGGAAAUUAAUUUGUCCUAUUCUUUGCCGGAUUAUCAAACGUUAAUUGAGGACAAAAUGAAAGAAAUUUUUGAAGAAUCCAAUAACACCACAGAAUUGGAUCACACUGUAGCAAAGUGGCAUGCUUCUUUACAACCAAAAUUAUCAGAGGCUGAAAUCAGACCUCCAUUUCGAAUUCAUGAUUAUUCAUGUCAUAUAAUAAAAGCAUUACAAGCUUUAGAACAAAAGAAAAUGAAUUUUAAUAGUGUCGUUCAAGACAAACCUGCUUGCGAAGUAGCUAGAUACUUUUUGGCUUCGUUGCAAUUGGCAAAUACUUACAAUGUGGAAAUAAAGGCGGGAAAUAGUGACGACAUUAUAGAAAUAACUUUGCUUGAUAAUGAAAAAAAUUCAUGUGCAAAAUUGAAAGAAUAAUAAUUAACACAUUGUUUGCGGGUAACGGCCGUAGUAAGACUGUGAUUCCUGUUAUUCGCAAACAAUGUGUUAAUAUUACAGUAAAGACUCCAUAAAUCUUCGGGAGUGCAGUGUAUGUAUAUAAUUAAGUAAACUUUGUAUUAUAAAAUAACAAGUGAAAAAGAAAAAUUUACAAAUCAAAUUAAAGUAACUAAAUUUUAUAACAAUCUAGGCUUAUUUUAAUAAAAAAAUAUUUAAUAAUUAUUAAUAUAUUAUAUAUAAUAAAUAAUUAUUAAUAUAUUAAUGAAAUUUCUAUUAGCAAACUGAAAAUAGAAAAGUUUUGUUCUGAUAGGAAAACUGAUGAUAUAUUGUAUUUUUGAAGAUAAAAAGCGAGCAAUGAUGAUCUUUUUAUGGAGUCUUCUAUGGUAUUAUUAACAGCCCCAUAUUUUUCAUUUGAUAUAGAAGCAAUUUUUUCAUGAUGGUAUUGUAAUUGCUCAAAGUACUAAACUUUUAAUAAAAUAACACGUACUGCUCGUAUCUAUUUAAAAGUUUAAUUACUUUAAAUUUACUGCUGUAUGUAAUAUAAAAUCGAAAUCAUUUGGUUAGUAAUUUUUUUUCAUGAAGAAAAAAAAAAUCGCGCAUGCGUAAUUUGUCGAAAUGUCAUUGCUUGCCGGCUAUGCUUGCGGUGACAAAUUUUUAGGUGCAUUAGUUUACACUGAAGUGGUUCAAAGAUGAGUUCUAUUUUUUUACAUAAAUCUUUUAUCCAUUUGUUACAUGAUAAUGAUAAUAAUAAAUAGCUUAUUGAUACAAAAUACAUUUAUUGUUAUAUAUUUAUAAAGUAUCUAAAGAAUUAUUUAUAUUUAAUAUCUGACAAAAUGUUAUUUACAUUGUUUGAAGUUUGUUAUUACAUUCUUUGAAGUGUUAUUUUAUUAGUUUAAAGCAAUAAAUGAAAAUUGCAUGUAAGAGAUUUGAUACUCUAUUAAAUUACUUGAUAGUAAGCAAUCAGCCAAUUCAAAUCUGUUUGUUCUCCCCUUCUUUCUAAUUUGUUUCAUGUAUUAGGGAUACAACUCUCUUUAGAAGCAUAGGAUUUUUGUAAAGUUUUCUUUGGAUUUUCAAUACACAUAAUCAUGGAAAAGAAAUCAUCUAUGAAAUCCACCCAAUGGAUAUUACAACCAUGGAGCCUUUUGUUUCUUAUUCUGAUUCAAUUCUUGAUACAAUUUUUAACAUCUAUUUAUCUUUAUACUUAUGUGGCACGUGUGGAAACAGAUAUUCUUAUUAUGCAAAAUCAAGAGUUUUUAGAAACUGAAAAAUUGGUAAGAAGAAAACGAAGUAGUGCGUUGCCCGUGACAGAAGAUAAUAAAGUUUCAGAUCAAUCAAGAAUUUGGCAAGAGAAAGAUACAUUAAAAGAAUCCAAAAAAGUAACUUCGUCACCCAUAGUAAAAUCAGGUUUGGCAUCUUCUCCAAUUACUCCUGUGGGACACGAUUGGGUAUGGUUAAAUGCAGAUACUCGUGUGCAGCUUGACGCAAUUGAAAAUUUCUGUCGUUCGUCAAUGAAAUAUUGUCCACCAGGAUUGCCAGGAGCACCAGGAAGUCCAGGAGCUCCUGGAGAACCAGGUCUUCCUGGAUUACGAGGAAUGACUGGUCCAAAAGGGCCACCUGGUUUGACUGGUCCUCCUGGUCCUCGUGGUCCAAAAGGUGAUAUAGGGCCAUCUGGUUUUGAUGGAAGAGACGGUAUACCAGGAGAACCUGGUCUUGAUGGAAUUCCUGGACGUAGUGGUACAGAUGGACUACCUGGUAUGAAUGGUAAACCAGGACUAAAUGGAUCUCCUGGUCGGCCUGGACGUAAUGGAACAGAUGGAGAAAUGGGUCCUCCUGGUAGACCAGGCUCACCAGGACAAGAUGGCAGACCAGGGAUAACAGCCUGGAAGGUGAACACGAAUGAUUAUAAUAUAAAUGACUUGUUAAUUCCUCCUUCUAUUUUAGAUGAUCAGAUAUUAUCUUCAACAUUAAAUUCGACUGGCGUAAUUUCUGUUGAUGAGGGAACUAAUUUGCGACUAAAAUGUGCAGCAAGUGGCAAGCCUCAACCUACUGUUCAGUGGUUUAGAAGUGACGGUGCUGUCAUUCCUAUAGGAUCUUGGCAUGUGACUUCUGUAAUUGGCCAUAUAUUUAAUAUCAGUGUAGUUAACAGAGAACAUAUGGGAGAAUAUACCUGUGUAGCUGAUAAUGGAGUUCCACCUCGUGCAUUGAAAAGAGUCAAAGUCGAAGUUAAAUUUUCUCCUUUCAUUCGAAUACGUAAUCAAAUGAUUCGCGUACGUAGUCAAAGUACUGCAGUUUUAGAAUGUGAGGUCGAAGCAUUUCCAGAACCAAUUGUUUAUUGGGAACGUGAAGAUCGUCGACUCAAAAUAUCCGAUAAAUAUAGAUUCGAAGUUUAUGACAGAAGAGAUGCGUAUAAACUUAAAAUGCGUUUGAAGAUUACAAAGGUAACAUCAGCAGAUCAUGGUACCUAUCACUGCGUUGUUAAAAAUGAUAUUGAUACCAUUAAAGGUUCAUUCAUAGUUGAUGAUGAUGUAAAGAGCAUGGAAAAGUCAAAAAUAGGAAAACACCAACAUGUUACGUACGGAAAGCCAGCACCACAACAUGUUGAUUUAGAUGAACUUUGUGCACCACAUGAAACUUGUGCUGCUUGUCCUGUAUUAAGAUGUACUUUUACAGAUGUUGCUGAAUAUUUAAAUAUUCAGCCACUUAAAAAUGUCAAUUUUACUGGACUUCCACUAAGAUUAGCAGAUGGUAUAAUAGAAGCAGUAGGAAAACCAGUUUUAAAGGGCACUAUGGAUGAUCAUUAUGGAAGCUGGAUGCAUGAUGCAUCUAAAUCUGAUAGUGAUCCAGAGAAACUUUGGGUUACUCGGAAAAAUGAAACUUCUUUUAUAUUUGAAUAUAAGUCAAAGGAUUAUUUUAAAAAUGCGAGUUCAUAUUCCAUUAAAUUACCAUAUCCAUUUCAGGGAAAUGGACACGUAGUGUAUAACAAAUUUUUCUUUUAUAAUCCCAUAAAUCGAUCUUCAAUUUUUCGAUUUAAUCUCCAGUCUAUUUCUGACCAAAUAUGCAACAAAGAGUUUUCGCGAUGUGAAUUACAUCUUCCAGGAUUAUUAGUGAACACAAAGAAUUAUCUAUAUACACCAAACCAUAAUUUUAAUUACGUUGAUUUCAACGUUGAUGAAAAUGGAUUAUGGAUAAUAUAUGGAUUACCAUCAAACAAUACAGUAGUAAUAAAGAUGGAUGCAACUAAUAUGAAUAUUCAGCAUGCAUGGAACAUUAGUAUAGAUAAUCAUAAAUUUGGAGAAAUGUUUAUUGCUGGAGGAGUGCUUUAUGCUGUUCAUAGCGUUACAGAAGAAACAAUGAAAAUAAGGUUGGCUUUCGAUCUUUAUAAAAAUAUUACAAUACCUGUUCAUUUAUCAUUCACGAAUCCUUAUCAUAAAACCACAGCAGUCAGCUACAACCAUAAGACAAAAGAACUUUAUACUUGGAAUAAAGGGAAUCAAUUAGCCUAUCCAAUUAAAUAUCAAGGCUCUGCAAAUACCACAGCGAGAGAAGAAUUCAGAGGUACAGAAACUGGAAUCUAAGACUACUAUCAGUGCGACAUUGAAAAAUUGAUGAAAUAUAUCUAUUUUAUCCUUCAACUUUUUAUUAAUAUAUUGAUUAAAAAAAAGACAAUAAAGGAAAUAAAUCUUUUCUCUUCAUUCGAUCUUAUGCUUAAAACCCAUCUUUCGUGACCAGAUGUAUUUUGUAAUUACAAUUUCACCAUUUCUGGUUGUAAAGCCUACUCGGUAAUUAUUGUAUGCUUAUUGUAC